CGACAAACUCGUCGAAAGACCAAAAUAAUUUAAAAUCACUCCAUCCAUACCAGGGGCUUUAAUCCACUCUAAAAGAAAAUCUAUCAAAAUGCCCGGCGUUCCACCAAAGGCAUUCGAGACCAUCAAGGCCAAGUUCAAGGCUCUCCUCAGAGGAAAGAAAUCCAAGAAGGCUGAAGCUGAACCAACUGCCGAUGCAACAAAGACCGAUGCAGCUGCAGCUCCAGCUACCGAAACCGCUGUUACUGAACCAGCUGCUGAAGGAACUGCACCAGAAGUAAAGGCUACUGAACCAGCAACUGCUGAAACUCCAGCCCCAACUACCGCAGAAGCAGCUCCAGUUGUAGCCGAACCAGCCAAGACGACCGAAACUGGUGAGCCUCCCUAUAUAAUCGGAACCUUGGUGAAAGCUCAUAGUACUGAUACUUCAAUAGCAGCACCCGAAGCUCCCAAGGUCGAAGAACCUCUUAAGCCUGAGCCCAGCGCACCAAUCGUCGCUGCUACUGCUCCUCAACUUUAA